AUGAUUGAUCCAAAAGAUAGUAGAAUAUGGGUAGAUGGUUGUUUUGAUUUUGCUCAUCAUGGUACGUAAGGAUGUAAAUAAGGAUGCAAAGAAUUCCAUAUUAACAUUUUAAUCCCUAGGCCAUGCUGGUGCAAUGUUGCAAGCUAGACAAUUAGGUAAAGAAUUAUACGUUGGCGUUCAUUCAGAUGAAGAAAUAUUAAACAACAAAGGUCCUCCAGUAAUGACAAUGGAUGAAAGAAUGACAGCUGUAAAUGCAUGUAAAUGGUCAACUAAAGCAAUUGAAAACGCACCAUAUGUUACAGAACCUGAAUUUAUUAAAUCCUAUGGAUGUCAAUAUGUCGUGCAUGGAGAUGAUAUAACUACGGAUAAAGAUGGAAAUGAUUGUUAUCAAGAAGUUAAAGAUUUAGGAAUUUUUUUAGUUGUUAAACGUACUCCUAAUAUUUCAACUACUGAUUUAGUUGGAAGAAUGUUAUUGAUGACGAAAGAACAUCAUUAUAGUAACUUAGACACUAAAAUAGGAUAUGAAAAUUUAAUCCAGAAAGACAAUGUAUCCAGGUUUGAAAAUUACGCAACUGAUGAAACUGGAUUAAAUAAAGGUAGUCUUGUCUCAAUAUAUCAUAAUUCAAAUAUUGAAAUUUUAGUUGAACCGAAACUGAAAUUAGAAAAAGUGGUUUAUGUUGAUGGUGCUUUCGAUUUAUUUCAUCCCGGGCAUAUUAACUUACUUAAAGAAAUCAAGGAAAAGGCUGAAGAUGAAGAUGCAAAAGUUGUAGUUGGAAUUUAUGAUGAUUUUACAAUUAAUCAAUAUAGAGGUUCUAAUUAUCCAAUUAUGAAUGUUUUUGAAAGAUCACUUUGUGUAUUGCAAUGUAAGUAUGUUGAUGGGAUAAUUAUAAAUGCACCAAGAGAAGUAAAUGAAAAGGAAAAAUUUUUGAAAAGUGUUAAGGAGAAUAUUGGUACCGUUGUUGAUGUUUUCCCAACGGAAGAUUUUGAUUCCAAGUAUAUUAUUAAUAGAGUUUUAGAGAAUCGUGAUGUUUAUGAACAGCGACAAAUCAAAAAGGGAUAUAAAGCCAAAAUUGAAAAAGAUUUAAAAGAUAAAGAAGAUUUAUAA